AUGUCGAUAGCACAAGAUCGUCCAGAACUUAAUGAAGAAGUUAAAUUAUACAAAAAUGCAAGAGAAAGAGAAAAGUAUGACAAUCAAGCUGACUUGUAUGCAGUUGUCAACACUUUACAGAACUUGGAAAAAGCUUACAUUCGUGAUUGUGUCACUCCCAAAGAAUAUACAGCAGCUUGCAGUAAACUACUGGUGCAAUAUCGAGCUGCUUUUAAACAGUUUCCAACAAUAGAUGUCUUCGCAAAAACAUAUCGUCUAGAUUGCCCAGCAGCGCUUGAGAGAAUAAAAGAAGACAGACCAAUUACAAUAAAAGACGACAAAGGAAACACAUCAAAGUGUAUCGCUGAUAUUGUUUCUCUAUUUAUUACUCUGAUGGACAAAUUGCGCUUGGAUAUCAAAGCUAUGGAUGAACUCCAUCCUGAACUGCGUGAUCUUGUCGAUACGAUGAAUCGCUUGAGUAUUUUACCGAGUGAUUUUGACGGAAGGCAGAGAGUCGCCGACUGGUUACAGACCUUGAACAAUAUGUCUGCUUCCGAUGAAUUGUCAGAAUCGCAAGUGCGACAAUUAAUAUUUGAUCUUGAAACUUCCUAUAAUGCAUUCACUAAAGUCUUACAUAAUUCUUAA